GCAUUUCAAGGAAUUCAGCUCUUUCUCCUCUUUCUUUCUUUCGUUUUGAGAUAAGGUCUCUCUAUGUAGUCUUGGCUCUCCUGGAACUCGCUGUGUAUACCAGGAUAGUCCCGAACUCAUCAGCCUGCUACCUGGGUGGUGGUGGCGCACGCGUUUAAGCCUUUAAUCCCAGCACUCGGGAGGCAGAGGCAGGCGGAUCUCUGUGAGUUCGAGGUCAGCCUGGUCUACAAGAUCUAGUUCCAGGACAGGCUCCAAAGCUACACAGAGAAACCAGGUCUCGAAAACAAAAACAAAAACAACAAAAAAGUAAUAAGAAGUCAACCUGCUUCUGCCUCUCAAGUGUUGUAACUAAAGGCACGAGCCACCAAGUCGGAUCUUCUCUUUUCUUAAAACAAUCCGAGAAACGGUUAAAAAAAUACACUUCCCCUAAUCCUCUGGGACCAGAGUCAAUGGAGGUAGCUGUGCCGGUUGCCCAUAAGCCUCCUGGGAGUUGUAGUUCGAAUCUGCCUUAUUGCCCACCACGCCUUCCAGGCCAGCCCUCAACCUUGUGGACGUGGCGAGGGGCUCCAGGGUCAACCUUGGCGCCCAUUGGCUCCGCCCCUGAGUGCCUCCGGCGCCGUCAUUGGUCGGAGGGAGGGGGCCUCUGAGCUGCCGGGGGCGGAUCUUGACUGGCGCCGCGCCAGGUUGGGCAUCUUUGCGCGAAAGCCGAGCUCAUCGUGGGGAGCGAACCCAGGCCUGGUAACCGGGGAAAAGGGACCAAUGAUGUGGCGACGGUCGCUUCUGUUGCUUCUCUUGCUGCUGAGGUGGUGGGCCCUGGGGAAGCCAUCCCCUGACGCCGGGCCUCAUGGCCAGGGUAGGGUGCAUCAGGGAGCCCCCCUGAGCGACGCCCCCCACGAUGACGCCCACGGAAAUUUCCAGUAUGACCACGAGGCGUUCCUGGGAAAAGACGUGGCCAAGGAAUUCGACCAACUCAGCCCAGAGGAAAGCCAGACCCGACUCGGUCGGAUCGUGGACCGCAUGGAUCUCGCUGGGGACAACGAUGGCUGGGUGUCCUUAGCUGAGCUCCGUUCGUGGAUCGCGCACACACAACAGCGGCACAUCCGCGACUCGGUGAGCGCAGCCUGGCACACCUACGACAUGGACCGCGACGGGCGCGUGGGUUGGGAGGAGUUGCGCAAUGCCACGUAUGGCCACUAUGAGCCUGGGGAGGAAUUCCAUGAUGUGGAGGAUGCUGAGACCUACAAGAAGAUGCUGGCUCGGGAUGAGCGGCGAUUCCGGGUGGCCGACCAGGAUGGGGACUCCAUGGCUACCCGGGAAGAGCUGACAGCCUUUCUGCACCCCGAGGAGUUCCCCCAUAUGCGGGACAUUGUGGUUGCAGAGACCCUGGAGGACCUUGACAGGAACAAAGAUGGCUUCGUCCAGGUGGAGGAAUACAUUGCGGACCUGUACUCUGAGGUGCCUGGGGAGGAGGAACCUGCCUGGGUGCAGACGGAGCGGCAGCAGUUCCGGGACUUCCGGGAUCUGAACAAGGAUGGGAAGCUGGAUGGCAGCGAAGUUGGUUACUGGGUGCUGCCUCCAUCCCAGGACCAGCCCCUUGUGGAGGCCAACCACCUGCUGCAUGAGAGCGACACAGACAAGGAUGGUCGUCUGAGCAAAGCUGAGAUCCUGAGCAACUGGAACAUGUUUGUGGGCAGCCAGGCCACCAACUACGGCGAGGACCUGACACGACACCACGAUGAACUCUGACCCUGGGUCUGCUCAGCCCUGUGACCCAGGACCCCAUGGGGGAUGGGGGCAGUUGAGGGGCCGCUGCGGCCAACCUCCGGGGCACAGACUCAGCACUGGUGUCCCUGGUUCUUGGGCUCUCAGGGACCCACUGAAUCACCUUCUCUCCUUGAGAGCCUGGCCCCCUGCCUGGAGCCUCCAGUCUGCCCCAGACACUCAGGCACUGAGUGACAGCCACUGAUACCAUCUCCCAGCACAGGCCUUGGGCCCACACCCUGGCCCAACCCUAAUCUGAGCCUCAAUCACACGGGCUGACCUGUACUGCCCACUACCGGGGAGCAAUAAAAGCCUUUGCUGGGGUCCUCUGGUA